AUGGCAGUGGACCCUGAUGAAGCUGAUAGGGAUUUCAUUGCACAGAACAUGGACGCAGAUUUGCAGUUCAUACUGAGUGAGACAGGCGUUUCUCUAAGGAGACAAGCUGCAAUUGCCAGGCGUUAUGGUACGCUGAGGAAAUUCAAUGCCAUUGGUGAUGAGCGGGCUCAGAUCCGCACAGCGUGUUUGCAAGACUUUGCUGUUGGCCAGGACACACCUGAAAACAGGGCUGAGGUUGCAGCCAUUGUGGCGGCUUGGGAAACGGCAAAGGAGUUUGUUGCAAAGGAGGUUGAAUUACGUGCUGAAGCAAAGGUCUUGGGUCAGCCAAAGAUUUUACAGUCACAUGAAAGACAAUCCAUGAUUCGUGCUGUUGAAAGGAUUCAUGGACACCUUGGGGAAGCUGAGACUCCUAGUGCGGAUUACUUAGCUUUGAAAGCGGAGGAGGAGGCAAUGCGUUUAGUGAUGCACGAGGGUUUUACCUUGGCGCAUGCAUUGCGGGCAGUUACAAAGGAUGCAGAUCUCAAGGAGGCAUUUUUCACUACGCCAGUGGCACUACGUGCUGCAGCCUCAGAACAGCCUCAAAACAAGUGGGCGAGGUUCAACAACAAGGGUUCUGGUUCUUCUUUUGGGUCCUUCGGCAAGACUGGAAGUCAGAAUCCCAAAGGGAAAGGCAAGACUGGCAAAUCCAAGCGCUUGGCAGGUUUACAACUGGCAUGGCGCACACCAGAUGGCCGUGACCUCUGCUUUGCGUACAACUCUGGAUCAUGUGACAACAGCUGCAACAGGGUUCAUCAAUGCAGGGUGAAAGGUUGUUAUGGGGACCACCCCGCAAUUCAGCACAGGGAGAAGGCGAAGGGUAGCAAUUGA